UUUUGGUGCCUGGAUUUCCCCCUGGCUACGGUCCCAGGCCACCCAGGGUAUUAAAACUACUAUCCCCAAAUUAUGCCUCAUAACAACAGGAGCGGACAACCUGUAUAACGACUUUCCUGAAUUAAUAUCCAUUUAUCUACACAAUGUCUUGGGGCUUUAACCUUGACCAUGAAAUCCGGAUUAUCCAUCUUGGCUAUGAGAACCACAACAGACAGACGCAACAUGACACCUACACCUCAUUAAUGAUUACACCUUAAUUUAAAACACUGCAGGCCUUGUAAACUGUGUAAGCUGUCAUGCCAAUUAUUUUAGCAGACAGUACAAAGAUGACGACUGAAGAUAAAGAUCCCAACCAUGACGCAAACCAUCAUGUUCACUUUUCUGAAGACACAGAUCAAAUGGGCAACACCGCCAUAGUCAUCAAGGAAAAAUCUGCUGGUAAUGAAUAUGAAGCCCAUGUAGGGUUCCUUCAGCUUCAUCAUCGAUAUCUGAUCACAGUAAGACUACCAUUAAAGGAUGCCAGUGAUGGGUAUCAAGUGGGACAAAUACAAGGUGUUUACUGCCAUGCUCAGAGACUCCAGGAGGUUGAGGAUGGCCUGGAGGUGACCCUUGAACUGUUAGCCCACAAGGAAAAAUUACUCCGCGAGAAGAUAAUCCUACUAAGACCUACUGGAAGUGAACUCAAACUGACUGUUCUCGCUCGUGUCUUAGGUAGAGGAAAAGGAACGCCAAUGUUACGCGAUGGCAUACACUGCAUCAGCGUCGAGCCGGAUGAUGACUCGGAAAGCACUGACUGGCAAGGCUUCACAUAGACGCUCAGAUUCACGAUAAUUACUACAUAAACGGCGUGUUCGUCCCUUAUCACACAUUCCUUCACUAGUGUUUAAUCUACUCUCAUAACAUUUUUAAUGAUACUAUACAUUUCCAUUCUCAUAUUGGAUGAGCAUGCCAAAUAUUAAACAUCCAAAAUAUUAUCUUUGGAAUAUUAUUAAUGUUGAAAUACUGUAAUGCUGUUUUAUGAUAUUUGUUUGGUUGUUUUAUGUACAGGUUACCUUCAUUUAUGCUGGCUUGGCAACAACUAGAUUCAUAUAUAAGCAGCUAAUGUUUACUAUCCAAGUUUCAUUUAUCUGGGUAACGUUCACAAGUAUGUGCAUGAAACACAACCCUUGGUGUAAAUGAGGAACACCUAUAUGUAUACUGUAUAUGUAUACAUACGUACAUACAUAUAUAUUUAAUACUAUACCACUUCAUAUUAAAGUGGUUACAUAAUACCACUCAUACAUACUGUAUUUCCACAUUUUGUUAACCUCAUCUAUUACAUGUACUGUACUGUAACUGUACUGUACUGUACUGUACUCUACUGUACUCUACUGUACUGUACUGUACUAUACUGUACUCUACUGUACUCUACUGUACUGUACUAUAUUUAGCAGUGAAUAUAUUAUGACAUGCAAGUUUCUUUAGGUGUUUAUGAUGAUGUACUUUUGGAUUCUUUAC